UCUCAUCUUUUAUGGUCCAUACCUUAUAGUAUCUCACAAUCUCUAAUGCCCUCUCUCAUCUUUUUCUUUUUCUUUUCCCACAAAUCGCAUCUCGGUCCCGCACUCCUAUCGCCCUUUGACUGCUAGUGCUACACAAACAGUAUGGAAAGUGUAACUGAGAUAGGAGGCUCUUCAACUGCAAAUAUAGAUGAAAAAUUGGUACUUGACAUCAAAGCAAUGUUUGAAAGUUCGAGGCAACAAUUCUCAAUUGGGGGUGGGGGUUUGGGUUUGAUCAGUGUUCCAGAUCACCUUCGCAAACUGGAUGAGCAAGCCUUCACUCCUUUGCUUCUUUCAAUUGGCCCUAUUCACCUCUCCAAUGUAAAAUUACAAUCCACGAAAAGGUAUAAAGUACAGUUUUGUGAGUCUUUCUUGCGAUGGACUAAGAUGGACUUGAAGGAUUUAGUAGGGUGCGUUAGAUCUUGUGAAAAAGAAAUUCGCUCUUACUAUGCGGAGAAUAUUUUGUCCGACAUAAGCAGUGAUGAUUUUGUGGCAAUGAUCCUAGUGGAUGCGAUGUUCAUUCUUGGGUACUUCUACAAACAAUCUUACCUAACUAGUGAAUUGGACGGUAUGAUACCGGAUUGGAUGCAUCCAUUUUUGAAACUUGACAUGGUAUUACUUGAAAAUCAGCUUCCCUUUUCUGUUUUAGAGAUGCUGUUCAAUCAAGCAACCUCUUCGGCUGAAUUAAAGACAGAGGCCCUAUUGGAACUUGCGCUUGAAUUUUUUCAAUGUUACAACUUUCAAAAGAUGUCCCUAGAGAAUAUCGCAGCGAGAAUAGAAAACUUCACAGAUCUGGUCAGAUUGUUUCAUCUUAAUGUAAGUCAAUUACGGAAUAGAAUAUCUGGAGGGGCUAAACUGCCAUACUCCGCAACCCAGCUACAUGAGGCAGGAGUCAAGUUUAAGGGAGUCAAGUUUGAGGUGGCAACAAAACGUUAUGGAGGGGAUAGAUGCUUCCUUGACCUAAGGUUCGAUUUAAAGAAUGGAGUGUUGGAAAUCCCAUGCAUUACGUUAAAUGCUGAGAAAAUACGUCUUAUUCGAAACAUUAGUGCAUUAGAGCAAUCCCUUUAUGUGGGGCACGCAUAUGUUACUGAUUUCUUUGUCAUCUUGGAUUUCCUUAUUGAUACUUCCAAAGAUGUAGAUUUACUUUGUAAGGAGGGAAUCCUUGUUAAUUACCUUGGCGACAGCAACGCAGCAGCAUCAGCUAUCAACAAUCUUAACACCAAUAUCUUAUGGGAUUAUAUGAACCCCAAUUACUCGAAAAUAUGUGAAGAUUUAAAUGUAUUCUAUAAGAAACCUUGGCAUAAAUGGAGGGCAACGUUAUGGCGUCAAUAUUUUAGCACUCCUUGGAGAGCUGCUUCUACCAGUGCUGCUAUUAUCCUUCUGCUGCUCACGCUCGCACAAACUGUAUGCUCUCUAAAGUCCACUAUCUGGUGAUAGAUAUGCAGCAGUGCAGUGGCACUCAUCCAUAUUAGAUGUGGAUCACUUUAUCUUUUGUUUUCAACUUUUACUGUUUUGAGUAAGGGGUUGAUUUAUGAUUAUCCUUAUGAUUAGGAAGUCUUCUAAGUGUGCUAGUGUUGGAAUUGGAUCCGAUAAGCAUAGUGCUUAUGAUCUAUAUCUGUUUAAUUAUCCUUUGAGUUCUGUAAUUCUAUUUA